AUGUCAAGAGAUGUCCGUACAUUCACGAACGUUGACUGGGAACCCGAAUUUGGCAAGGAGACGUGGGCAUUUAUGCCAUACACGCGCAAAGACUUCAUCCGUCUCGAAGGCUCCACCAUCCCCAUCAUCGGUAAACUCUUCUACCGCGCCCCUGGCGGGCAUCUGCUCAAGGUCGGCGGCGACGAGGGUGAAGCCCGAAUGACCGUCCUUGCACGUUAUGUCCUUGAGGGCAUCGUCAAAGUCGCGGAAGUGCAUGCCUUCAUUCAACUACCAAAGAACCAAAGUGCGGUCCUAAUGGAAUACCUGUGCGGAAUCCCUCUCAGCUCUGUGUGGAGCGAUCUCUCUGCCACACAGCGGAUAACCGUCAAAAAUCAGCUAUGUGAUAUUUUGCUUGCGAUGCGAAAGCCCUCAUUCAAGUACGCUGGUCGGCCGGGUCGCAGGCCCUACGUUCUCCUCAGCGAACUAAACCUCUCUACCUACGACUUCUGUUCUAAUGAGAAAGAGUGGAAUGGUUCACGGAAGCAAGCGAUUGUAGACAAUGUGGCGGACAUGCACCGCGCGGACUUCUUGUGCAAGCAGCAAGGCGAGCUCGUCAAGACGGAUCGCUUCGUUCUCACACACGGGGACCUGGCUGAUCGUGGCAUCAUCGUGGAUACAGACACACUCAAUAUCGUCGGCCUUAUCGACUGGGAAAACGCAAUCGUAGCCCCAACCUAUUUCGAAUACGUCGCAGCUAGACUCUCGGGUGGACAUGAGCCAUAUUGGCAAUCAGAACUUUUGGAGGUCUUGGGGAAAGUGCUGGAAAAGGAAUGUGAAGAGACGAAGGCUAACGUGGAGGAAGAGAUGGCGCGCUGGAAGGCUCUCGUGGAUGUCGAGAGAUAUGCUCAGGGCUUGGAUGAUAACUGCGCGUGGACAUUUGAACCUAACGACUCUCCUCAAGCUGCGAUCGCAGGCCCAAAGUAG